AUGAUAACUUGUUUGCCGUGUGCGAGAGAAGGGACAGUGAGACAAGCAGCCUUCUUCUUGUGCCCCUCACCGAGCAGCAGCAGCGGGUCACAAGGCUGGGCAGUCUGCAGCUCUCCCGUGCCUGCGGAUGGGUUAGUUGGCUUUUUGUCCGGCGCUGGGAAUGCCACCCAAUGGGCCGGCGAUUACCGUUGGAUGAACGCUGCAGUAAGUGGCGUGACAAGGAUUGUCGAUGGCUUUAACCUGACGAGGCCCGCGUUGCGGAUUGUGAGGCCAGUGAUUGAGCGGGCAGGGGCGCCGGCGUACAGCUUCGGUGGGCGUGGGCGUAGACCGGCACGUGCAGGAGCUGAGCCCGAGCUAGGACGGGAACAAGCGCUGGCGGACAGGCGGCAGGGGAGGCGCCCACAUUGGCGGCGAGAGGAUGGGCCGCUGGGGGGCACUCUCGUGUCUGCGUCGGUUCCCGGCAGCACGACGGACGCGGGCGAUGGGGCGGCCGCCGAAGAAAUACUGCUGCCGCCGCAGGAUGAGUUGGUGCACGUCCUUUUUGGGGGGCGGCGAAGCCGGUGCGGGGUGCAGGGGGCGCAGGGAACGAAGUGA